UCAGCCGUCAUGAAACUUAAAGGCCCAGAAAGGGGAGAGGAGGAGAAAGAGGAGGAAGAAAUGGCGUCUGCGCUGGUUCCCGUGACGGUCGGGAAGCUCUGGACGGCCGAGGCGAUUCGUUCUGCGGCAAAGCAGUCACUUGGGAUCGAAGUCGUCCCUCAUCGCCUUCGCAGAGCCAUAAGGAAGUUUCUUGAAGAGCAGGAGCAGGAUCAUAUGAGGAGGAAGGUCCUGAGAUUGUCAGAGUCCUUCAACGACAUCAAAGGCGUCAACAUCCAGAUUACAGCCGCGACGUCACGGGAGCUCGUCGAGGACCCCCUCAUGGCGUCUAGCCAGCAGUCCAAGCGUUGGAAGAUCAAGAGCGAAUACGGCGACAUAGGGCUCAAGUACACAGACAAUGAGACCGCUGCGUAUGUCGCUGCUCGGAUGCCGGCUGUCUAUUGUGCUUGCCACAGGGUAUUGGCAGAGGUCUCCAGGAGGCUGGUGGAUUUUACUCCUAAGAAGGCCUUGGAUUUUGGUUCUGGUUCAGGAUCUGCAAUAUGGGCAAUGCAUAAACUGUGGCCACACUCUUUAGAGAGGAUUAAUUUGGUGGAGCCAUCCAAAUCAAUGCUGCGUGCCAGUAUUAGCCUUUUACAUGAUGUGAAGGGUUUGCCCCUGAUUCAGAACUAUGAAAGCAUUCAGGCAUUGUCUCAAAAACUUGAAAAGCCUGAAAGAGAGCAUGACCUUGUAGUUUGUUCUUAUGUCCUUGGAGAGAUUCCAUCAUUGAAGGAUCGGAUUACAACAGUUCGCCAACUUUGGGAUCUUACACAGGAUGUCCUGGUUUUGAUCGAGCCUGGCACCCCCUUAGGGUUUAGCAUCAUAUCUCAAAUGCGGUCUCACAUCCUAUGGAUGUCAAAAAGGAGAUCCAAGAAGUCCAGCCACAUGCUUGAUGAGGCUUCUAAGGAGCAGGUGGAAUCUGCAAACAGUAUGAUGCCUUCCAAAACUGAUGCUUUUGUAGUUGCACCUUGCCCACAUGAUGGACCUUGUCCUUUGGAAAACACUGGAAAGUAUUGUCAUUUUGUUCAACGGUUGGAGAGAACGUCAUCACAACGAGCAUACAAGAAAGAAAGAAAUCAUACACUGCGUGGCUUUGAGGAUGAAAAAUUCUGUUAUGUUGUUAUAAGACGUGGUGUGCGACCAAGGUCGCCUUGGCCACUUCAUGGUAUGAGAUUUGAGACUUUGAAAGAACAACAUGCGAGACGGAAUCCUGAAGAUCUUGAGGUUGACUUUGAGGAUCAGCUUCUAUCUGAGGAUGCGGAUAUACCAUAUGAAGCAGAUCCAGGAAGCGAAGUCUCCGAUCUCACAGAAGUAGAACCAGAUGCCGAUCAGGGGGAAAAAAUUGAAGAAACUGUUCCCGCUGACGUUGGAAGUGGAUGGGGCCGCAUUAUCUUUACUCCUGUGAGGAGGGGUAAGCGCAUAACCAUGGACGUCUGCAGGUCAACAAAACAUGAUGGAUCUGAGGGCUGCUUUGAACGCAUUGUUGUCACACAACAUAAGAAUCCUACCUUACACCGACAGGCUCGCCGUUCUCUCUGGGGUGACUUGUGGCCUUUCUGAAGUGAACUGGGUGUAGCGGCUGUUGUGCUUUAGUGGUUCGGUUUCUAUUCACUAAUCUAUACAUAUCAAGAAUGAGAAGGGAAAGCAAUUUAAGUUUCUUAGCAAAGAAGAUGCACUCAUCAUCAGUGAAUUGCUGUUGUUGAUUUUUCAGCAAAAGAAAGGUUGAGCCAACCGAAGGGAUGUGCUACAGCAUGGGGAUCAAAGAUUCUGGUCACUCGGGGGUCGUUGCUUGGUUGGUGCAUGGUAAUGAGUUGGGAGUUAAGAUUGCGCUGCAUUUUGCUGCGCUACUGGUUUCAGGCUCUAAAAUGGAAUCGGUUCCAGCACCCAAAGAGGAGCUUUAGAUUCUUGAUCCCAGGCAUGGAUGCCAAGAGUGGAAGUUUCACGUCCUUUCCGUCUUGAGAUGGAGGAUGCAGGUGAUGGUAAAAUCUUUCGUUUGCUGUGGUGGUUUCUUGUUCUCAGUACUUCUAUGACCCCAUUUAUUCGGCACGAAGGCACUUGUGCAAGUGAUGUCUCACUCAGGAAUCUCCUUCGUUAGUCGGCUUACUUCCACUUUUUGCACCGUGGAGUUCUCGUUCUGUGCCUGAUUUUCCUCAGCUAUCAGCGAAUCAUUCCAAAGAACAAAUGUAGAAAAUUCAUGUAUGAAAUUCUCAAAAAUAAUUUACUUGGUUGUUAUCUCUUUCCAA